AAGCUGUCCGAGCCCACUGAGACGCUGGUCUUGGAUAUCACCCGGAGAGGGCUCCUGGAGAACGCUCUGGGUGCCGUCACGCUGGAGUUCGAGCCCACCAUGCCCACCAAGUUCAUGGUGGGCACAGAGCAGGGCAUCGUCAUCGCCUGCAACCGCAAGGCCAAGACACCCCCCGAAAAAAUCACCAGCACCUAUAGUGGCCACCACGGACCUGUCUACGCGCUGGCCAGGAACCCUUUCUACCCCAAAAUCUUCCUGACAGUCGGCGACUGGACUGCUCGAAUCUGGUCAGAGGAGACUAAGGAAUCAUCAAUUAUGUGGACCAAGUACCACCUCUCCUACCUGACGGACGGGUGCUGGAGCACUGUGAGGCCGGCUGUCUUCUUCACUACCAGAUCGGACGGGACCCUGGACGUCUGGGACUUCCUCUUCAAGCAGAACGACCCUUCCCUCAGCCUGAAGGUCUGCGAUGAGCCCCUCUCCAGCCUGCGCCUGCAGGACAACGGGUGUGUUGUUGGCUGCGGCUCGAAGUUGGGCACCGUCACCCUGCUGGAAAUCUCCUCUGGGCUCUGCACCCUCCAGAGGAACGAGAAGAUCCUGGCCAACGCUAUGUUCGAGCGGGAGACGAAGCGGGAGAAGAUCCUGGAGGCUCGGCACCGGGAGAUGCGGCUGAAGGAGCGCGCCAGGUCGGAGGGCCAGGAGAUGGAGGUGGAGGAGAAGCCGGUGGAGGGUCCCCAUGAGGUGCUCGACCGUGCCCGCAGGGAGUUCUUAGAGGUCAUUGAAGCGGAGCUGCAGAGGAGGGUGCAGGCGGAGACCCAGGAACAUGGGUCAGCCUCUGCCUUUCAGGUUAAAGACCAUGCAGGAGAGGAGGCAGCUGCACAGGGGGAAGAGAGCCAGCUGCCCAAGGACAAGGAAGAGGAGGAGGAGGAGGAGAAGGAGGAGAAGGAGAAGGAUGCUGCCAAG